CCGUGCGCGUGGCGGGACGGCCGGGCUCUCUGAGGGCGGAGGUAGGGCAGGAAAUGUCAGGCUGUCCCCGCCCUGUGCCCCGUGUCCCGGGCCGGGUGCCCGACUGCCUAGCUGUUGGGUGGGCGCCCGGGACGGACUCAGAGUCGGGACCGCGAUGGCACCUGCCGCGUCAAGGCUGCGGGUGGAAUCCGAGCUCGGGUCGCUUCCCAGGCGAGCGCUCGCCCAGUACUUGCUGUUCCUAAAGCUCUAUCCUGUGCUCACCAAAGCAGUCAGCAGUGGCAUUCUGUCAGCCCUUGGAAACCUUCUGGCCCAGAUGAUUAAGAAGAAGCAGAAAAAAGACGCUCAAAGUCUAGAUGUCAGUGGGCUUCUCAGAUACGUAGUUUAUGGGUUGUUUGUCACAGGUCCACUGAGUCACUACCUCUACCUCUUCAUGGAAUACUGUGUCCCUCCUGAGGUUCCCUGGGCCAGAGUCAAGAGGCUCCUGCUGGAUCGCCUGUUCUUUGCCCCAACCUUUCUGCUGCUGUUCUUCUUCAUCAUGAACUUGCUGGAGGGGAAAAACGUCAGUGUCUUUGUUGCCAAGAUGAGGAGUGGCUUCUGGCCUGCACUGCAAAUGAACUGGAGGAUGUGGACACCCUUGCAGUUCAUUAACAUCAACUAUGUGCCCCUGCAGUUCCGGGUGCUCUUUGCCAACAUGGCAGCUCUGUUCUGGUAUGCCUACCUGGCUUCUCUGGGGAAGUGAUGUCAGAUACACCGUAUCUGGGGAGACUCAACCACCAGCAGGAGAGAGCAGAAUCCAUCAUUAAGGACACCAUCUGACUAAAUUAUGUGAUUUCAAGAUGCCUUAAAAUUACAGAGAGAGGAAGUGCGUGAGUGUCAGAACCAUGUGCUUUAGACAGACAGCACCAGUCUGGGCAGAGUUCAUCUUCGCUGUUGCUGUAAACAAGGUAAAGGUUAAUAAACAGUGAUACGGCUGUGUCCA